AUGGGAUAUCACAUGUGUUAUUCGAACGAAUUAUUUCAAUCAAUUGCAACAAAUUGCAAGAAGUUGGUAAAUUUACAAUUCGGAGAAAGAUAUUUACAUGAAAGUGGAAAUGUACCAGUUAUUUUCAACUCAAUGCCUCAGCUCACAAGUUUAAAUUUUGUGGACAGCACACCCUAUGAGGAAGAUUUGAGAAAAAUAGCUGCCGAAUGUCCGAAUUUGGUCUACUUUUCAAUGAGUGAUGAAUACGAAGGUGAAGGUUAUACAAUGAAAGAGUUUUAUGAGGAUAUGCGAAUGCGAUUGAGAAAUAUUGAUUUUAACAGUUUAAUUGACUCAAUUACAGUUUAUUCAGACGAAGAGGGUGACCAAAAUAUUGACGAAGAAAUUGAUGAUGCUGACGAAAAUGGUGAAAUGGCGGAAGACAGAGAAGAAUUAGACGGAGAAUCAAAAAGGAUCGAAAAGACAUUGCACCUAAUUAACAAGAAAUUUCCAUGCAUUGAAAUAUUAAGUUUUUUCUUUGAUAAUCUUCCAUACACCAUUCAACCAAUGUUUGAGCAUUUGCCAAACUUGAAAAUUAUCAAAGUGGAUAUUUUAGCUGAAGGGUGUGACAAGGUAUUUGACGAUGUUGAACAAGAUGUAAAAACAAGGAUUGAAGCUACCAAUACUUUAUUGAAAGCCAUUCAUGGGGAGAAGAGUACCAUCCCUUUAUGUGACCAUCUCAUCGAUGACCGUAUCACAUUCACAACAAUUCAAACCAAAAGAGAAGGGCUUGUCAAAUUGAAGAUCAAAAUUCUCCAAGUCAAUUACGACGGAUUUGUUUCUUUCCAAGUGAAAAAACUUUGA